AAAACGUUUAUCAGAGGAAAAAUGGACAUGCAUGAGUUAAAUGGGCUCGGUCUUUUAUCUAUCUACAGUCAGUCAAAGGCCGUGUGACAACUUCCUAUACCUUUCCUCCUCCUGCUGCACAGACCCGCCCAGUAAAAGGCUUGGAUAACGCAGCACUGGACACAUUACUGGCACCAGCAUACUGAAGAAGUCAGACCACUCCUACACUCUUUUAGCACUGUACACAGGUGAAAAGGUGUUUAAAUAAUGGAUUCCCUCACCGCUGCAAAUGGAACGUUUGCCAUUGAUCUUUUCAAAAAGCUAAAUGAAAAGGAUAAUACAUCCAAUGUGUUCUUUUCCCCAAUGAGCAUUUCCUCUGCUCUUGCUAUGGUGUUUUUAGGUGCUAAAGGGAACACUGCUGCUCAGAUGUCAAAGGUUCUUCAGUUUUCUAAGGCAGAAGAUGUGCAUGCAGGCUUCCAGUCACUUAUAUUUGAAAUAAACAAGCCAGGCACAGAUUACCUCUUGAGAACUGCCAACAGACUCUAUGGGGAAAAAUCAUUUACAUUUCUUGAAGAAUUUCUAGGGAAAGCUGUAAAGCAUUAUCAUGCGGAUGUAAAAGCAGUAGACUUUGCUGGAAAAUCAGAAGACUGCAGAAAAGAAAUAAAUGACUGGGUGGAAACCAAAACUGAAGGUAAAAUCCAGGACCUGUUACCAGAUGGUAGUGUGGAUGCCCUUACCAGACUUGUUCUUGUAAAUGCAAUCUAUUUUAAAGGAAACUGGGCAACCCAGUUUGAUAAAGCAGCUACACAAGAAAUGCCAUUCCGUCUCAAUAAGAAUGAAACCAAACCUGUGCAAAUGAUGUACAAAAAAGCAAAAUAUCCGAUGACAUAUGUUGGUGAUUUGUUUACCAAGGUUAUUGAACUACCUUAUGUUAACAAUGAACUGAGUAUGUUGGUAUUUCUCCCUGACGACAUUGAAGAUGGAACUACUGGACUGGAAAAGCUUGAACAAGAAUUGACUUUUGAGAAGUUUAUGGAAUGGACAAACCCAGAAGUGCUGAACAAAUCGGAGGUUAAACUGUUUUUUCCCAAAUUUAAACUAGAAGACGACUAUGAUCUGGAAUCGGUCCUCAGUAGCAUGGGCAUGUCCGAUGCCUUUGAUAUUGGAAGAUCAGAUUUCUCUGGCAUGUCUGGCAACCGUGACCUAUUUCUAUCUAAGGUGGUGCACAAAGCAUUUGUAGACGUAAAUGAAGAAGGUACCGAAGCAGCAGCAGCAACUGGGGCAAUUAUGAUGCUUCGUUGUGCACCAAUUAGACGAGAGGUCAUUUGUGACCAUCCAUUCCUCUUCUUUAUCAUACACAAGCAAAGCCGCAACAUUCUGUUCUUUGGCAGGUUCACUUCACCAUAAAACGCUUUGCCAAUUACAUUUUCUUCCACAAGAGAUUGGUGGAUAUAGAGCUUAAGAAUACAGUUUAUACUGCUCUAGUAUAUUAUACAAUUAUAAAAGUACAUAUAUGUUGAUCUCAUGUGGGGAAUCAAUACUUUCAUUAAAUCUCUGGUAUAACUCCAAAAAAGACUAAAUUAACCCUAAUCCGGAAUACAAACUUUUACUGAAGUUCUAUCACAUGGAUCCUUUUUUGGAUCAUUACUAACUGCUGCAGUUUAGCAAGAACUAGCGAUUAAUAUGGGGGGGGGAUGAGAUUUUGCUUAUUACUGAUCAAUAGGUUGAUAAACAGUUAUAGAAUUCCUGGUGUCUUAUUGUGUAUACUUUUUCUUCUAACAAAGUGUACAUAUCUCUUCAGAUUUCAAAGUGCUCUUAUUAUCUUGCCUGCCUACAAAAGAAGAUUAUUCACAGCAUGCAUUUUGAGUAUUAUUGAUUAAAUUAUCAUCUGAAAUUAUUUUAUUUUGCAAAAUAAAAUUAAUACAAUAUAAA